UCGAAAAGCAGAGCAUUCAGCCAGAAUGCAAAGUACCGUCAGCGGAGCUCGCGUAGAGGGGAAAAUUUUUGAUGUGAUUAAUUUGCAGUUUGCAAAAAAAGUUGAUUCCUCAAUCGGAUCAUCCAUUUAUCUAAAUUUUGUUUCAAAUGCAUGACUACACGGUUACGCGAGUGUUAUUUUACUGUUGAACCGAACUCCCGUGCAAUUUAAAAAUGCAUCGUCACUGCUCAAUUGAAUCAAGUGCGUCGAGAUAAAGCGAAAUUAAUUUUGUUUCCUGUUCCCUUUCCGAUACCCGUUCGAUUCCGUGGAAGUGAGCAAUAAAGGAAAAAACAGCGAAAUCCUAGGACAAUGAAAGAAGUGCUGGUGGUGAUACUACAAUUCUCAUCCCGUUAGGGCGGAAAAUACUGAAAUUUUAGGUUGCUGGAUUUGAUGUGCACUUUCUCAAAAUGAUAGAAGAAAAAAACAAGAAUGUCUAAACAAAUUCUUUAUCAAAGAACAGGAAAAUGCAUUUUUCAAGAGUAGUGUGAAGGUUCGGUGUAAUAGAAUGUGAAGCACUGAUAAUCUCGAUGACGGUGCGGGAAUAAAAAGUGAACCAGGAAAAUAUUCUGAAAGAAGUGCAUCUUCUAACGCUUUUUUGUAUGGAACAGUAUCACUAGCUGCAGACUGCUGCAGAGCAGAGUUGUGUGCGGGCGAGAGAAUUUAUGCCGUUACUGUAAAUUCAACGAUAAUAAUGGGUGCUAAGGAUUCAAAACCAUCCUGCAUAAGUUAUGAAGAUGCAGUGAAGAGAGUUACCGACUCGGAGCUUCGAAGAAUCAAGGACGCAUUCAAGCGUUCGGCCGGCACUACUGGAAGCGUUCUCAGCAAAACUGCUUUCGUGCAGGAUGUCCUGGGCGAUGGCGUACCGGCGGUUGUGGCCGAUUGGCUGUUUUCAGCUUGCGGUGGCACGACGAAAGGAAUCGCCUUCAAGGAGCUGCUAUGCGGAUUGGUGCUGCUGACGAAGGGUACACAGGACGAGAAAAUCAGAUUUCUAUGGACUCUAUACUGCAAUGACUCCGGUACUCACAUUCUGAAACAAGAAUUCCAGAAGGCUAUACAAAUCGAAACAACGUACCAAAGCAAUGUUCUGAACGCAGCAACAAACAUCAGCGCAACUACCAACAACAACAACAACAGCAGCAGCAGCACCAAUCAAUCGAUAGUGAGUAAAAUUAACAGCCUUCCCAAGUACACUGUUGCGUUGUUUGGCCAAAACGAUCGAGUUACGUUUGAGCAAUUCAAAUCUUGGAUUCAAAUCUAUAAGGGAGCAACAGUGCUGUCGAAAUGGUUGCUGCAGGAUACGUGUGUCAAUCUAAGUUCGGAACUGGAGACCCCUACCUUCUAUCAGAGUUUGGCAGGAGUCACCCACCUGGAGGAACAGGACAUCGGAGAUUUGGAGAAGGUGUUUUGGUUGUUGAAAGGACUGGCGUUGACUGGUCAGCUAGAUUUGGAAUCACUUGCCCCGUUGAUUUGUCCUCCCGUACCCAGAACCGCCCUGGGUGGAGUGUUUCUGGCGUUCGAUGAGAACCACGAUGGUCACAUUGACUUCAAGGAACUUUGCUGUGGGGUAAGCGCUGCUUGCCGGGGCCCGAAUGUCGAGCGAAGUAAAUUUUGUUUUAAAGUUUUCGAUAUCGAUCGAGACGGAGUGUUAAAUUUCGCUGAAGUUAACAACAUGAUCGAAAUUUUAUUAUUUGUCGCCAAAGAAACGAACCCUGCUUGUUACAAAAAUGUUACCAGCAAAAAAGUGACAGAAGAACUAUACCGAAGGGCCACUGAUGUGAAUCAGAAUUGCGACGAAGGUAAAAUGAAAAAAGAGAUUCCCGAUCCAAUUCCUGAAUUUCGGUUUACUCAGGAGGAUUUUUUGAUUUGGAGCAUAGAAAGUACCACCAAUUUGGUUCAACCGUUUUUGGAUUUACUAUUUGAGGUAUGCCACAUCGUACUGGGGCUGAGGCCACAGUGCAAACAUCUAGAAGGAGACAUAGUACGAGGUUGGUUAGCCCGAGAAGUGAGAAGAGGCUACAAAGUUGGUCAGUUUUGGUACUUGAUUUCAUCCGAUUGGUGGCAAUUUUGGAACCAAUAUACGCAAACUUCGGUGAAUUCCACUUGCGUUCAUUGUAAAAUGGCGGCAAGUUAUGGAAGUGUUCGCAAAAAUACUGCUACUGCUGCUGCUUCCAUUGCCGGGGUAGACGAAGCGAUGAUAUGCGAUGAGAGUUUUACGUCGAACUCUACGGAAAGCAUGGGUGAUUUGCUUAACACCGGAGAUUCAUCGAGUCUAGGUUCAGGGAGUAGUGGUAUUUCAUGCGGCAGGCAAUCGGGUGGACCUCCGGGAAUGAUAGACAACAAUAAUUUGAUAGCACCAGUUCUCUAUAAACAAAUACCGACGCUGACGGGAGAAGGUGGUCGUUUGAAACUGGAUCUGACGCUAGCACAACAUCGAGAUUUUGAGCUUGUUCCUGAAUCAUUAUGGAAAGCUCUAUCCCAGUGGUAUGGUGGCCCUCUGCCACUACCGAGACAAGCUAUUCAACCGCUGAGCACAGGAGACGUUGAGCUAGAGUUAUAUCCAUACAAUCUGCGAAUUCUCCGACAUCAAAGUGUACCCAAUCAGCAACAACAACAACAGAGUAACAGUGCUUGGGGUAGCAUAGCUGGAGGUUAUGGUACAUUGACCACCAGUAGUUAUCCAAGUGUGUCAUCUGUUUUACAACCUCCUAAAAAGUAUCUCGCUUACACAGCAGCCUUCAGUCGACUGGCCACUGUGAAGCAAGUUGCUGAGUUCCUCUGCCAAAGACUGAAACUCAGAAUAGAAGACAUACGGCUCUGGCACCUAGUGCCAACUCCCACGGGGAUCACCGAUGGAAAUUUGCUGGAAGAUGAUAACCUAACCCUUCAGGAACUAGCCAUAUCAGAUAACGAUCAACUGUUACUAGAGAUACGCAAUAAAGAUUUAACCUGGCCAGAAGAACUGGGGUCUCUAACACUAGCUCAUAGUAGCAGCUAUGGAAAUUUGGAACGCCGGGGAACACUUGCUUCUAUUCAAUCACAGCAUCCACCAGGUGCAACCGGAUUACACAACCUAGGUAACACCUGUUUCAUGAACGCAGCUCUACAGGUUCUUUUCAACACUCAACCACUCACGCAAUAUUUCAUAAAGAAGAUGCAUAUGUACGAACUAAACGUCAGCAACAAACUAGGAACCAAAGGUCAACUUGCCGUGCGCUAUGCCGAACUGUUGCGUGAGGUAUGGACCGCUUCACAGCGUUCGAUAGCUCCGCUUAAGUUGCGUUUCUGCGUCACGAAACAUGCUCCCCAAUUCUCCGGUGGGGGUCAACACGAUUCGCAAGAACUUCUCGACUGGUUACUCGAUUCGUUGCAUGAAGAUCUGAAUCGAGUGAUGGAAAAACCGUACAGCGAACUGAAAGAUUCUGAUGGACGAUCGGAUGUGGAAGUUGCUGCCGAAGCUUGGUCUCAACAUAACGCCCGAAACCAAAGUAUUAUCGUGGAUCUUUUCUAUGGACAGCUGAAAUCCAAGGUGACCUGCACGGGUUGCGGACGGGAUUCGGUCCGGUUUGAUCCGUUCAGCUUGCUUAGUCUGCCGCUUCCUGUGGAGAACUACACAUAUUGCGAAGUUCUUGUAACUCUGUUGGACGGUUCGGUCCCAGUGAAAUAUGGCCUACGACUGAAUUCGGAACAGAAGUAUUGGGAUCUGAAAAUACAGCUCGCCGAACUGUGCGUCCUCGAUCCCGAAUUGAUGCUGGUUUGUGAGUUGUCGAACUCUCAAAUUCACUGUAUACUUCCAAACGAGCAAAAAAUCAAACCUAGUACGGCUUGUGAGCUGUUCGUGUACGAGUUACCGAAACUGGACAAUGUUCUGGUAAGGUCCCGAGCUGGUUCGGAGCUUGCCAUCAACAUCGAAAAAGGAUUAAAAGAUAUUCAGCGAGCGCCAGCCCUUCUACUACCGUCACUAGAGCCGAACCAGCUUACGACCAACUCGGCCCACACCAUUUCUUCUUCGUCCUCAUCAUCGACCACCGUAGACGACACGGUUGCCAUCACCGGUGGCCUUCGAAUAGGUCAUGGUGGUGAGAACCCUUUCAAAAUUAAACCCGGUUCCAGUGGGAUAGCAGUCGGCUGCACCGGUCCCAACGGUAGCAGCAAUCGUAGAAGUUCCGCUACGACGGCAGCGAAGGUAAGCCGGUGCUUUGGCAACACACUCUGCAUGCCCCCGAAUAUGUUGUGCUUCAAGCACACUACCGAAGUCAGUGCUAGUCCUGACAGUACGUUUAUAUUCAAUGAAAUACCCCAGUUUGCUAACAACGCGCAGUACAAGGAUCAAUCUCACAAAACGAUAUCAACAACCAAUUUGCUGAAUAAUGUGGACAUCGGCUGGAAUGCAUCUGCGGGCAGUGGCAUGUCAAGCGAACCGGAUGAGCAAAAAACUCCCUGCAACGAAUGUGAUAUUAUCUAUAAUGACCACGCUACCGAUGAGAGUGAUCCUUUUCCAUACGUCGACAGCAAUACUAUGCAUCAUCACCAUCAACAGCAGCAACAACAAAAACACCACCACCACCACCAAGGUGAUUCCUUCAAUUUAAGUGCAAUUAGACGACCGUUGAGUGCGAACAGCGGCGGAAUAUACAACAAUCAGCCAAAGAACAACUAUUUGAUAGCGGUCCACCGAAAGCUAAGUCGACAGGAUACCUAUUUCCUAUCGCACCAUAAAUCACGGCCCGGUCUUUUCGGUGUGCCACUUCUGAUCCCAUGUUAUGACGGUGUGACGAACAAGGAACUCUACUGCUCGGUAUGGUUACAGGUUGCUCGGUUGUUGAGUCCUCUUCCACCGACGCCGCCCGAUCAGUCGAAUCAUGCGACAGACUGUGAUGAUAGUUUAGGUUAUGAUUUUCCGUUCACAUUACGAGCCGUCGCGAAUGGGGGACGAAUAUGUGCUCUUUGCCCAUGGUCUCGAUUUUGUCGAGGGUGCGAAAUACCUUGCAACGACGAGCCGCUACUGCAAGGCCUAAAUUAUUCGGCUGCUUUAUACAGUAACAGUUCCACACCGAAUCUUUCGUCAAGGGAACACACACCAACGUUUCGUCGUAAAACGUACGGAAGUUCAAGCGGAUCUUCACUGGAUGGUAAUCAGUCUUCCCCGACGCCCUCACUGCGGUGCCUAAACUCCAGUCAUAACCAAAUUGCCAUCGACUGGGAUCCAACCGCGCUACAUUUACGUUACCAGAGUACACGGGAACGGUUAUGGACCGAGCAUGAAUCUGUCUCGAUUUGCCGAAAGCAACAGACCGAACCGGUCGAUUUGGACCACUGUUUGCGGGCGUUUACCUCCGAGGAAAAAUUGGAACAGUGGUACCACUGUUCCCACUGUAAGCAGAAAAAGCCUGCAACCAAAAAGCUGCAAAUUUGGAAACUGCCACCGAUUCUGAUUGUCCAUCUGAAACGCUUCAAUUACGUUAACAACAAAUGGGUCAAAUCGCAAAAGGUGGUCAAUUUCCCGUAUGAGGAUUUUGAUCCCACACCGUACCUGGCAUCGGUUCCACAGGAAACCAUUCUUCGUCACAAAGAGCUACUGGAGGGAACUGGUAGUGGACAUUAUGGAUACGAUGGUCGCAAUCAUGAUUGCCACGAUGAAAUUGUGGAGUUCGAUCGGGAAAUGUCUAUGAUCGACGAAGUGGGAGAUGAAGUUUCGCUAUCAUCGAUAACGGGUACCAUUGAGAGGGUGAAAUCUGCGGAUACGGAUGGAACCGAUGAUGGUGCUGCUAUCGCGGAGAAGGAACCGGUAAGCGCUGGAGUUGCAUGUAAAGUGAGUGAGGGUAGUUCUACUAUUACCCCGGCCAUAAUCGGCACACAGCCGGUGGUUUGUGUUCGACAGGAAGGAAAUGAAUCUGAGGAAAGUCCGACCAAAUCGAAAUAUCGUAUCAGUGCCAUGUCAAAGGGUCAGCGAAAGCGAUUGGUUUCGUCGAGUCUGACGAAAACACCAGUGGUCGAUGGACAGUUUAAAGAUUUCCACAAUCAUCAUCUCAAAGCCGACACAGAUUCGUUCGAUCUUAAAUAUCAUCUGUAUGCAGCUGUGUGUCACUCGGGGAUGCUCAACGGAGGUCACUAUAUUUCCUAUGCGGCAAAUCCGAAUGGGUCAUGGUACUGCUACAACGAUAGUUCUUGCCGGGAGAUUCCCGUGCGGCCGAAGAUCGAUCCGAGUACUGCUUAUUUAUUGUUUUAUGAGCGACGUGAUUUAGAUUACGAACCGUAUUUGCCUAAAGCAGAUGGAAGACACAUCCCAGCGGAACAUCUGGCUGAAUUCGAAGAGAGCGAAAACGACCUCAAAAAAAUGUGUACGCUCAUGUAGAAGUUAGCCCCGACGGCGAUAACGGCCCCAAUGCGCAGUUGGGGUUCCGCUACGCUCGGGAAAUUGUUCAACCUAUCGUUGCCUUCAAGUAGGUAAGCCAUUACUGGAGAACGUAACUGAUAAUGCUCCUGAUAUUGAACAAGAUCUGUUCUUUCGACUUUGAUUCAAAUGAAGCUGUACGCUACUGCAUGCAUGGAUGGAGCUCGUUUCAAACCUUCAUACGGGGUAUGGUCUCUAAAAAAAUCAAUGUGUGAUUAGUUCUGUGCGUUUUCUAUAGUUUUGUUUCGUGUCUUUUUGAUUUCAACUAAUCAAAACCCAACGAAACAAAUUUGUCGAAGACGGUGAUUGUCGUUCUGUUGCUUGUUACGUCGUCGUAUUACAGCUCCGUAAAAAAUCGCGAUAAAAGUUACAAGUUCGUUUACGGCCAAUGCUGGAGGUCACUCGGAAAGCUACUCAUGUUGACUGGAAAAGAAAUGAUUAGCUAAUUAAAAUAUAUUGUAUAAUAAAAUUAUAUACUUCAUCGUCCGUAUGUAGAUUAAUCCUACAAAUCAACGCGGACCAAGCUAAAUCAAUGCUGUUGAUCUACGUUUUGUAAAUUGUUAACAGAAUAUCACUAGCUUUAUUAAACCGAUAAGAAAAGCAAUUAGAUAAAUAGAUUUACUACUUAAUCGUAAAACAGCCUGAAAAGAUAAAAGGAUCGAAUCCAACAUUUGUUUGAAUAUAAGACAUUCCAAAUUUCAGUAAACCCUGGUUUACGCAAAGAUAACUACUUUCUAAUGUGGAUGGCGUUGGCAUCGAAGCUAGCUUUUAAGUGUUGUGCUUUACGGCUGAUGUGUAGUGAAUAAAAAAAUGGGGGGAAAAUAGAUAUUUAAUCAGCUUUCAUUGAGAAGGAAACUAUUAACUCCAUUCAGUCAUUGUUAUUUUUUGUUGUGCUCCGAAUACUCUGUUGAGAAUGAUUGAUUUCUGUUUGGAAAUAAAACAACUGAGGAAGAUAUUGAUGAAUUAGGUAUCCUUUGGAAGGACAGAUAGUGAGUUGUUACGAAAAGAUGUUAAAACGAUUGUUUGUUUAUGUUUUCUAUGUUUUACAAAACAAAGUUUUGCGCAAAUCAACCAAUUAUUUUAAAUUUUCUUCUUUGGUUUAUUAGAUUUUUUUUCUCUGAAUAAUAUAAUUAUAAUUAUCAUUAUUAUGGAAACUGAUUCCUUUGUUACGUA